CUUUCAUCUUGAAGCUCAAUAAACAAGAAAUCUCUAAAAUCUUCUGAUUUUUCUAAGUCUUUUUCUUAUCUUCUGUUUGGCUUCUGAGAAAGUGUUUUAAGAAGAACAAUGAAUGCAUUAGUGGCAACCAACAGAAACUUCAAGCUAGCAGCCAGGCUUCUUGGUUUGGAUUCUAAGCUUGAAAAGAGUCUCCUCAUUCCCUUCAGGGAAAUCAAGGUUGAAUGCACCAUACCCAAAGAUGAUGGCACAUUGGCAACUUUUGUUGGCUUUAGGAUUCAACAUGACAAUGCUAGAGGUCCUAUGAAAGGAGGAAUCAGAUAUCACCCUGAGGUUGACCCUGAUGAAGUGAAUGCAUUGGCCCAACUAAUGACAUGGAAGACAGCAGUUGCAAACAUCCCAUAUGGUGGGGCUAAAGGUGGUAUAGGAUGUAACCCUGGAGAGUUGAGCAAAUCCGAACUAGAACGCCUCACUCGAGUUUUCACCCAGAAAAUACAUGAUCUUAUCGGAAUUCAUACCGAUGUUCCAGCACCUGAUAUGGGUACUGGUCCGCAGACAAUGGCAUGGAUACUAGAUGAGUACUCAAAAUUCCAUGGUCAUUCACCUGCUGUGGUGACCGGAAAACCGAUUGAUCUUGGAGGAUCACUUGGCAGAGAUGCGGCCACUGGCCGAGGGGUGCUGUUUGCAACUGAGGCCCUUCUUAAUGAACAUGGCAAGUCCAUCUCUGGACAAAAAUUUGUAAUUCAGGGUUUUGGGAAUGUUGGUUCUUGGGCUGCACAACUCAUCCAUGAAAAGGGAGGGAAGGUUGUUGCAUUAAGUGAUAUAACAGGGGCCAUCAAGAACAGCAAUGGCAUUGAUAUUCCCUCAUUGCUCAAACAUGUGAAAGAAAACAAGGGUAUCAAAGGGUUCCAUGGUGGGGAUUCCAUCGACCCGAAAUCGGUUCUUGUCGAAGACUGUGACAUACUCAUCCCGGCAGCACUCGGAGGCGUCAUCAACAGGGAAAAUGCAAAUGAGAUUAAAGCAAAGUUCAUUAUUGAAGCAGCUAACCAUCCAACCGACCCAGAGGCUGAUGAGAUUUUGUCAAAGAAAGGAGUCAUUAUACUGCCAGACAUUUAUGCAAACUCUGGAGGAGUCACUGUUAGUUACUUUGAGUGGGUUCAGAACAUUCAAGGUUUCAUGUGGGAUGAAGAGAAGGUGAACAGUGAGCUAAAGACAUACAUGACCAAAGGGUUUAAAGAUGUUAAGCAGAUGUGCCAAACACACAACUGCGACCUCCGAAUGGGAGCCUUUACCCUCGGAGUUAACCGCGUUGCUCGGGCUACCGUUCUUAGAGGUUGGGAAGCAUAAGAAUGCUUAGUGCUAAUGCUGGUUUUGAAAUAAACAUGGAGGAUACUAUGGACCCCUCUGAUUCUUGCCCA